GUUUCGGCAAAUUAUAGAUCGCAAGUACAAAAGAAAGCGGUGUCGGCAUUUGCCGUCCACGCCUUGGCUCCGGACUCAUGUCCACCGUCGAACAGCCGCACUUGGUUUCCCUGGUUCUACAAUCUAAAAAGGCUUUGCAGCAUGGUGAACAGCUCUGUCAUGGUGCAAACGAUCUCUCAAAUGCCACGGCGCAAUGUGCUGUGGACAUCUUUGCCCUGGAUGCCAAAAUUAAAUGGAUAACUGACGCUGUGGUAGAGCAACUCAAGCUGGCAGCGAGCGUAGCGAAGAGUAUAGAGGAAAGACGUUUAAGGCUGAGCAAGGAAGUGCAGGAAUGGGACCAAUCACGCAUCAAACGCUCUAAUGCUCUUGACAGCGUUCUGGAAUCCUUGGGAUCUCAGCGUGUACCGCCAGAACUUUACGAAAUGUCUAGAGGAUCGUCAAUAUUCGGUAGUCAACAUUCAGAGGAGGAGAAGCCUCCGUCGCCCCAGCGUAGUCCAUCUGCUACCGUCAGGAUCCCUAAUAAGCCGCUAGCAGAUAGGACGUCGUGGAAGACUUUGCGUGAUUUCGUGGACGACCGGGCUAUUGAUGAAAUCAUGGAUACACUGGAGAAUGAACGAACUGUGUUAGACGAUAUCUUAGGAAAGACAGAUGAAUUUCCUGAGGUGCUAACAAGUACGAUAACGAGUAUACGAAACUCGCUACCUGAUGAGGUUCCUCCGACUGCGAUUGAGAGUCAUCUAAAUUCGCAAGAUGAAACUAUCCACGCCAUGGCGGCGCUCUUGGUGAGUCUUACCGGACAUUACGAUCAAAUGGCGAGGGCCUUGAAGGACAGCGAGGCUGGGGAGGCGUUUAGUGAUGGGGACCUGCAGGAGAUGAAUCGUGACACGGAAGAACUGCCUGCUAUCAUGGCUGAUCUGGAGCAUUACAUAGCUUCCGUCAAGACUGUCUAUGACACUUUUGUCGGCUUCAAGUCGUCUUCACAGGUCCAACUCGAUAAUCUUCACGAUAUUCUAGAUGAUCUUGACGAACUAGGAGAUAUCAUGACAGAAAUGCUCGAAACGCAGGAUUCCGUCGAGGCCGAAUGUGAAGAGAAGUUGUCGGAACUCCACCAGCAACUUUUCACUAUUGAAAAUCUGCAUGAAAGAUUUGUAUUGUAUCGAACAGCGUUCGGAAAGCUUAUCCUUGAAAUCGAACGACGAAGAGUGUACUCGGAGGCAGCCGAAAACAUCGCGCGAGGGAUGAAUGCCCAACUGGAAGCUAUGACUGAUGAAGAGAGACUAGUUCGAGAACGUUUCAAUGUGGAGCACGGUGCGCACCUACCUGAGGAUAUAUGCCUGUUUAUCGGCAAUCCACCUACGCAAUGGGAAGUUGUUCCCAGAGACGGGGAGAUCACAGAAGUGGUGCCAGAGAUUGAGCGAGACUUCUUACAGUCCUUAAACAUUAACUGAUAGUCUUGUGGUAUUAAGUGCUCUUGUUGAAAUAUUUUUUCAAGAUUACAAGCAUGAAGGACAUCGUUGUCUCAGUCUCGUUCACCCGUACCACCACCAUCUAUUUUUUCAAUUUUUGAACCCAAUCAUGUCCGCGAUAUUCACCCUUCACAUUCCAAUUGAAAUUAACUCUCAGAUCUGUCCUCCAAAUUUUGUAUACUCUGUGGAUUGUCAGGCGACAGACCACUUCGUUUUCAAACAAGUUCCAGAGUUAUCAGGCUCUGCAAAAACCGGGCUAACUCAGCAUCUGACGGCCACCGACAUCAUACAGAUCGAUGAAUGUACCACCAUUUACCGUGCAGUAUCUCAAGACCAAGGAAACUUUGUGCUCAAAUUCGUGCUCUGGAAAGGCGAGCCUGUAGAAAUAAUCCUAGCGGGUAUGGAAGCACACGAGGGAUCAGGGCACGAAUACGGGAUUGACGCAGUACAUGAGCA